GGAUGUUCACGUGAUUUGAUAGUCGCGCUAUAAACAGUGUUUACUUCUCCUCAGAGAUCUGUACAUUCAGCAGAUCUUAUUAAAGCCUCUAAAUAGAAAGUAUAAUCCGAGAUUAAUCAUAAACUCAUUACAACUAUCUUAGUCAGUUUUGUGCUGCUUUAACUGGGGGUUUGUUUAGUUUUUUGUUUGUUUGUUUGUUUUUUGACAAAAUGAGCAGUAGCACUGCAUUUCAAUGUUGAGAGGUGUAUUUCGUUUUAUUACAGAGAGUUCAGCAAGCGGCGUUUCUCAACAACUCUUUGUUAGUGUGAAUAAACGGGCUUUAAGUCAGCAGUUCAAUGGCGGCGGAGGUGGAGGCGUGGAACUGCGCAGCUCAGCGCGACGGUGUGUUCCCUGUGGGGAAAGAGCUAGAUCAAGAGGUGGAGUCAGUGUAUGAUGAGGAGCUGAUUGACAGUGAAGUGAAUGGUAACUGGACUCCACAGGAAAAGGCUCUUCACGAGGCUCGGCUCAAAGCGAAGGCAAAACGUCGUCCCAGGAAGUCGUCAUCGUCACGUGACUCCACCCGUGAUUCUCUGUCAGAGAAUGUGGGGGAUGUACCUGACCCUCACAGCCCUAAAGGAAGAACACAAACAAAUGACAGGAAGUCCCGCAUGGGAAAAGGACGAGGGCUGCCCAAAAAAGGUGGAGCGGGGGGAAAGGGUGUGUGGGGAGCUGCUGGAUUAGUGUAUGAGAUGGAGGAACCAGACUGUAAAGAUCCAAAUUAUGAUGAAUCUUCACAGGGGGACACGGUAUACGCCACAGUGGUUCCUGAGCUGGAGGAAGGAGAGCUAGAGAAGGUUAUGAACCCCAUCAUACAGGAGUACUUUGAACAUGGAGACACUAAAGAGGUGGAGAUGCUCCUGAAGGACCUGAACCUGGGACCCCGCCAGUGUAUGUUCCCAUCUCUGGCUGUGUGUGUGUCUCUGGAAUGUAAAGCCAGUCAGCGUGAGCUAACAUCUCGCCUGCUGUCUGACCUCAUCGCAAAACAAGUCCUUAAUGAGGGUGACAUGACGACUGCCUUCAACCACACACUUGCCCAGCUACCUGAGCUUAUCUUGGAUACACCUGAGGCUCCACAGAUGCUGGGUCAAUUUAUCGCUCGAGCCAUCGCUGACCAUGCCCUUCCCAUGGACUUUCUGGACCAGUACAAAGGAAAAGUGGACUGUGAACAUGCUCGGGCUGCUUUGGACCGAGCAUCAGUCUUGCUGUCCAUGAAGAGAGAAAUUGUGCGAUUGGAUAAUGUGUGGGGAGUUGGUGGUGGCCAGAGACCUGUCAAACUCCUUAUCAAAGAGAUGAAUCUGCUUUUGAAGGAAUACCUGGUGUCAGGUGAGCUAUUGGAAGCAGAUCAUUGUCUGCGUGACCUUGAGGUUCCACACUUCCACCAUGAACUGGUCUAUGAGGCGGUAUUGAUGGUGUUGGAAUCUAAUGGAGAUGCUGUGAUUCAGUCAAUGGUGAAGCUGUUGCAGUCAUUUUGGGAGUCUGGACUCAUCACACUGGACCAGAUGAACCGGGGCUUUCAGCGUGUGUAUGAGGAGCUUCCGGAGAUCAGCCUGGAUGUUCCUCAUGCGCAGUCCAUCUUGGAAACGUUUGUGGAUGUUUGUCAUCAGCACUCUGUCAUCACCAAGCAGCUCAGAGAUGCCUGCCCCUCCAGCAGGGGGAGAAAGCGCUUUGUGAGUGAAGGAGAUGGAGGGAUUAUUAAGAUCUGAAGAUUAACCGGAGAGAACAAAUAAAGAAACACACACACUCUUAAGUUUUAAGUGGUGAUGUAAGGAUUUGGGUAAGCUUUAAUUUGAUCAACAAAGUUAAUUUGCAUGUAAAAAUAAGAAGUACUUCAAAGAAAUUUAAAGCUAUACUUUUCCACUUAGUGUCACAUGCUCGUAUGUAUUUUCUUUCAACUGAAGUUGUUAGUACGUUUUAAUCAGGCAUGUUACAGCAGGUGUGCGUGUGUGUGUUCAAAAUGAAAGCAGCUUGUUCUUGGCAUUUAAUUCGCACAUUGUGUAUUAAAACAAAAAAUUAAUAAAAAAAAUUCAAUCUCU